GUAAUGAUAUGCGGCGGUAGAGGAGAGCGAGCCGGGGAGACCAGCAGGAGCAGAGAUAGGUGGUGCUGAAAUAGAAUUAGAACUACGACUUGGAAGCUUGUCUUUGACAUGGUGGAUCCGCCAGAUGCUGAGGAGGAAGGCAAAAGCAAAGAGCCAGGGCCUGAAUGUUCAGCUGCUGCAGCUUCUGCCACUGCUGCCUCACGAGCUCCCGAUCCCCAGAGCAGAAAUGGACCAGACCCCGCCUCGGAACCGUCCCUCCCGGGCAGACAGAGGGAGCAGUCCCCCAAGCUGCACCUGGAUCUCUUUAAUUUCGACUCCUCCGAAGCCGAAGGCAGUCGCUACGUCCUGACCAGCCCUCGCUCCCUGGAGGCGUGUGCGCGCUGCGGGGUCAAGCCUAUAGUGCUCCUGCAGCGCUCCGUCAAUGACUUUGCCAAGGAGGCCCCCGGCCGGUCCAUGCGGGAAUUAGAGGGGCUGUUCGAGGCCUAUGAAAGAGAGAGGCAGGGCAAACUCAGGAAAUGCCGUGAAGAACGGGAGCGGAUUAUCAAGGAGGAAAAGAGGCGCAUUAGUAACUCAGUCAGCAGCAGCCUACCGUGCUCUCCCGCUGGCAGGCCAACAGGGGGAGGAGUGUCUAGUAUUUCCACAAAGGCUGUCCCAGCUCCUGCUACUAGUGCUGCAACAACAACGGCUAAUGGUGCCAUUCCUGCUGUUAAGACAAAUGGACAUGCCGCACAACUCAAGAAAAAAGGGAAAUGCCAUUCCCUGGAUUCUAAACCAAAGAAACGGGAACCCUGCCACUCUACAACGACCAGCACCACCAUGCGGACCUCCUCGGAGUCAGGGGCCUCCUCAUUCAGCUGGGACAGCCCCCGGGACAGCCCUCGGGACAGCAGGGACAAGUGGCCGAAGGCAUCAAGCCCCAGAGCGCGGACAGUGUACACCCUGAGCUCCCUAGUGGGGCGCAGCCUGAGUCUGGGGGAUCUGAGCCACUCGCCGCAGACCACCAAGAGGGUAGAGCGGAUCGUGAAGGAGGUGAAGCGCCGGGGGCUGAGUGAAGUGCCGGAGAGGGACCGCAAGAUCGCGGCGCUCAUGCUGGCCAAGCACCAGGAGGAGCACAUCAUGAGCCAGAGCCGCUACAUGGCACACCUGCAGUGGGACAGCGAGCGGCAGCUGGAGGAGCUGAGCAGGGAGAGGGAGGAGAAGGAGAAGCAACGCGCUGUCCUGCAGUGCCAGCGCAUGUGGCACACCCAGGUCUCCAGCCGGCAGAGGCGGCUCAGCCAGGAACAGAAGGAGAUGGCCACCAUCAAGCAGCGGCAGGCGGAGGAGAGCGAGGAGAAGUGGAGGGAGCUGGCUGAGAGGCAGAAGCAGUCCAGGCAGGAGAGACUGAGGCUAGCAGCCGGGGAGGAGAAGCAGAAGAAGAGCCACCAGGAGCACAACCUCAAAGCCCUGGAGGAGGAGAGAAGGGCGGUGUUGGAGCAGGAGCAGCAGCUGCUCCAGGAGAAGCUCACGAUGGCCGAGCUGAGGAAGCAGGAGCACGAGCACCAGCAGCAGAAGGAGCUCAGGGGCCUCAACAAGGCAGAGAAGCUGAGGCACAAAGCCCUGAUCAGGGAGAUCAUCAAGAGGGAGGCAGAAGAGAGGAAGCUGGCCAAGCGCACUAUGGAGGACAAGCUGAGCAGGUCCAUGGAGAACUAUGAGCAGAUCCAGGAGCGCAGGAACCAGGAGCUGAGGGAGAAAGCCAAGAAGGAAGAACGGCACAUCAAGAAGGCCCGGCAGGCUGCAGAGAGGAAGGAGAAGGAACAAAGAGAGCACCUGGAGAGCCUGGCCAGGGAGACGGAACGCAGAGCACAGCAGGCAGCUCAGGUGGCAGAGGAGAGGGCGCAGCAGAAGGCUUUGAAGGCCGUGCAGAGUCGACUGGAGAAGGAGAAGAUCCAGAGGCUGAACAGGCAAAGGGUGGAGGAGGAGGAGCGGCAGAGAAGGCAGGAGCUCCUGAUGUCAAUCGAGAAGAAGCUGGAGAAGAGUGAGCAGAUCUUUCGGGAAAAGAGGGCUGUGCUGGAGAGCGCUCGCUCCGUGGCACGUGCCUCCUUCCACGUGAGAGACCGGGUGCGAGAGGAGACCAACAUGCGCACCUUUGACAAGAUGGCCCUGGAGGCCCAGCUGCAAGCCAGCCUGAAUGAGAAAUAAACAUCCGGGUCUGUCCACAACUCAGCUAGCAUUGAGCACUCCAGCCAGAGAUCUAGGGGGGUAUCUGGGAAGUUCUAGUGGGAAUAUACAAUUAGUAGCACCCUACUUUAGGUGAAGCUCUGAAACUGAACCUUUCUGUUCUUCCAAGGCAAUACAUUUUCUAGUCAAGUUCCUAACCCUCCGAAUAGUCAGGAGCAGCUUGCUUCCUCCUAUACUGGUUCAAGUCUGGCAGCCUGGUAGGCCCUAUGCACAAAGUGCUUUGAAAAAACAGCAUAAACUUAUAAACCAUGUCUGAAACAAUUGAGAGAAGUGAACUACAAACUAAUCACAAUGGUCUUAAUUAAAAAAAAAAAAUAGACCAAACAUUCCUUGAUUUGAGUUUUACUCUUCUCAGCGUGAACCAGUGCUGAAUGGUCCUGGUAUAUUUUGCUGCCUCUGUAGAUUGGCAAAAAAAAAUUUUGUGGUCUAUAUAUUGUAUGUUUAAACAUACAUGCUGGAAACUUCAUUAAAAGGCUUGAGAGUUCCUUCAUGUCAAGCUCCAGACUACUACUUGGAAUUGAAGCGCUUUAUAGACUGUAAGUGCAAAGACCCAUUUCUGUGAAAGGAAUACAACGUUUUGAAUGGUAUGUAAUUAGCAAUCAAAUCAAAACUGUUCCUCUUUGAAACGAAGAUGUUUCUCACUAUUCUUUUUGUGUGUUUGUUUUACUGUUGCCAUUGUUUUAAUACAGCCCUUAAUAUUCAUUUAAACAAAAGCUGUUUGCAUCUUGCUAUCAGGCCUUAUAUUAUUAUUACUAUUAUUGAAACAAUAGUACUUGAUGGCCACAGAGGGCUCCACCAGUAUGUUAAUAUUUUCCAUGUUAGGUAGGUAGUAUUUUUAUGAUAUCACAUUAAUCUCAGCAGGGAAGCAGCAACCCUACUUCCUUUUCAAACCGAGGGCACCCAGGCUGUCCAUUGGGCUGGUCGUCUGUGAGAAAGAGAACACACAAGAAACAAUGCCAACCAAUCGGCAGCCUGAGAAAGAGCCAAGGGACCAGCUUUACAGACUCUGCCAAAUGCCUCAUUGAAGCUGAACUCUGGCACAAUGAGAGUGCCCAUCAUUAUGAAUUUACCACAGGGAAUUUUAAUUAAAAUGUGUCACAGUUUCACACUGGACAUUGUGAGGGACCAGAACUGAGAUUAAUUCAUUACACAGGUAUGGUGUUAUUAUUAUUAUUAUUAUUAUUAUUAUUAUUAUUAUUAUUAUUAUUCACUUGGACAAACUUGUUUUUGUCAUUGUACAGUGCUUCCUCUUUAUUUCAACGUCUGACUUACACAUAAAAACAAAACUUCAGAUAUUAAUACAGGAAAAUAGAGGACUUUUUACUGUCAACAUGGCCAAACAGUGAAUCAACCAAAUUAGUGAAUUACUGCAAGGUGAAAUAUUGAAGGAGCAGUUUAUUUUACUACUGACAACAGAAAAGAAAGCACACUGUUUAAAGGAUAUUAAGUGCUGAUAUAUCUAUAUACAAGAAUUAUUUGCAGCUUUUGUCACUUUUUUAUAUUUGAAAUGAAUGCCGUAGUUAGUACUUGCUAUUGUACAAAAGUACAAAUGCUGAUAAAUUUGGAUUAAAAUGUGUUUGUAUUGAAUUCAGUAUAGUAUAUAUUCUGCACUGUUUAUAGUAAGUGAGAGAAAGACACUGGGUGUGGAUUUAAAUACCAUAACGAUACAAGGAUUAUGCAGAGAUUAAAGACAGGCAACUGAUAUAACGGCAAAUUCAGAGGAGGAGACAAUGCAUUGAUUUUUUUCCUCUUUUUAGUUUGUGCAGUUAUACUCAAUUAAAUUUCUCUACUGGCUCACUUCAGUAAUUAUUCAUGACAAUUUACUAUUUAUUUAGUGACUGACCCGUAUUUGUACAAACAGUUUGGAAAUGAUAUAGUAGAAAAAACCACAGUGCUGUCUGUAUAUCUCUAUCUUAUUUACUUUAAAUAAGUGUAGGGUCAUUACAAAGCGCAUGUCAGCAACCAUUUGUGUCAGCAGCACAGUGAAUUACCCAAAUUAGUGAAUUAUCAGUUUAAUCAAACUGUAAACCACAGUUGGAGUUUAUAAGAGAGUUUCACAGAAUUGGAAAAUUUGCAUCAACCACCUUGUUUUAGGGACACUCCAGGGAUAACCAUUUGCAGUCCAGGGCUGUAAAAUGAUGAAAUAACAUCCAGAUCUCUUAUCCUAACAGGGUACAUGGCCCUCGUUAGGAGGGGAAAUCCUUUUCUCUUUUGCCUCCUGAGCUAGAGUUGUCAUUUAUAACCUUCUACUGCUGCAAGUAGUGGCAGCAGCGGAAUUAAGCAAUAGGUUUGAAGCGUGGAGGGAAUGCUUUGGUCCCAACAGAUAAAACUGCCUUCUUAGGGGAAUGUAAAUCCCUGUCAGUAAUGGGUAUAUUUACAUAGUAGAGUGCUGGAAAUCUAAUACCUUCCGGAUGCUUCCAGAUUUACACAGUAAGGUCUGGUGUAGAUCCCUGCUGUGCGUCUCCCUUGCAAAUCCUUUUAAUUUGCACAUUCUGUGAUUCCCCACGGUAGAAGCUACAGGUCAGCAGGCACUCACAGAGGCCAAAGCAAUAAAAAAAAAAACAAAACAGCCCUUGUGGACUAUGCUCACUGAUGCAGGCUGUCGCUACGGUGAUGAGGAUGAGCGAUGCAGCUAGUUUAAAGCUGGAGUCAGAGUUACUGAAUCUCUGCAUUCAUUUUUUUAUAUUAGUGCUUGCACUGUUGUUUUGCCCUUUGUACAGCUGCAUUAUUAUUAUUAUUAUUAUUAUUAUUAUUACAGUAUUAUUAUUAUUACAUUAUUAUUAUUAUUAUUAUUAUUAUUAUUAUUAUUAUUAUUAUUAUUAUUAGUAGUAGUAGUAGUAAUAAUAGUUAUUAUUAUUAUUUUAGAAUCCAUUUUUUUCCACAAUGGAACUAUCAUUUACAAAACAACAGAUAUGAACUCUUAGUAAGCAUUGUGGAGCACUGCAUCACUGAAGACAGGUUAAAGAGUUUCUGAUUUGUAUUGUCAGUGUUUAUUCAGCUUGUGACAGACACUAUUUUUAUCGAGCGCCGGUGAGGUGUCAGUCUGUGUUUGGGAGAGGCCUGGGGCUGAACGGCAGACGGGGACUUCAGGUCAGGAUUGAGGUGCUCUCUCUCUCUCUCUGUAAUGCGCUAUGCCUGUCGUUCAUACCCAAAGAGUCUGUAUCAGAUAAUCCCAAACUAUGGAUGAAACUGAUCUCACCCAGUAACAGUGAGUCCUGACAACACCCGUUCAGAAUGUGCUGCAGUACUGAUGCUGCAGUAUUGGGGAUGCAGUAACCUUGCAGCAGUACAGCAGCAUACACAUAGGACCACUUAAACAAAACAUCAAACUCAAAUGAUGUUCAUUUAACAGAUUUACUAUUCAUGUUCCAUAGUUUACAGUGGUUUUCCUUGCUUUUUAAUAUGCUUUACUAUACCUAAAAGCUUACCUGUGCUUCACCAUGCUUUCACUAUUACACUUUCUUAUACUUUUGGUAAGGUAAACUUUUAUAAGGAGUCUAAAGAAACACAUUGCUUUACCAUUGCUGAAGCCCAUGUUGCCUUUAUCGCUGCGGCAGUGUAUUUUUUUAAAUACUGUAUUCCUCACUGCUUUUGAAAGUAAAAGUUGAGAAAUGUAUUGAAACAAUUGGGAUUAUGUUUAAAAAUACAUUGUUGCGAUAUGAACAACACAGGACACAGCAAAGUACUGUAAUGCGUUUCUAUUGAACGCUGUAGGGGGUUCUGUGAUACUUAAAACAGUUUUUAUGGUUUAAACCUAUCAUAAGCUACUCUGAACAACAUGAUCUUGGACUACCUCGUUUUACCGUGGGUAAAUUAGUCCAACGACUCCAUUUCACGGGGCUGUGGGAGGAAACCGUACCACAGUAUUUUUUAUUGAGUUGCAUUUCAUAAAUAUAGCACUUUAUAUAGCUUGGUUUUGCACAGCAGAGCCCCUGCACGCUCUGUAAACAGCGCUUGCUGCAUGGUAUUUGGGUUUUCUUGAAUUAAAUAAAUACUUUUUUUUUUUUAAGCAUGAAUGUACUAAUGAAGAAAAUAUCACUGCCACCAUUACUAUGCAGUCAAAGACUUUAUUUACUUGUUAACAUUUCCACAUUUGAUCCCACAGGGCUUGUCUUUAGUGAAAGAUGCACUGUAAUCUGAGUGGAUGCUAAGGUACUUAGAGGCGCAGCCAGAGAGGCAACUCAUAGGAAGCAAAAACGCAAUGAUAGGGAAACAGUUAGGCUAUAGGUGUGCUAAAACAAACCCAACCAAUACGACACUCCGCUUUUUAUUCUCUUUCAACCAUUCUUCACAUAUAACACCAGACAGGAAGGGGUUUCUAAUUUAAAUUAAUUCAUUUAUAAGUUCAUCUUAAAAGGUGUUGUGGUGCUGACAUUUACCUAAGAGCUGUUAUCUCAUUAGAAUCAAAGCUGAUGAGUAACACCAUCAAGGGGAGGACAACAUCUUUAUUUUUGUGCACACCUCUAGAUACAUUUCCAGAUUUUGAUAUCUAGUUUGUAUUCGGUUAUAUUCCAAGUGCACAGAGAAAUGCAAGAAAGCCAUGAAUCAGCAAACAGUCAGCAUGUGUUGAGUCUGUAUCCUCUCAAUGUGCAAACUAGGGAAGAUGCAGAAAUACUAUCUGUAUUCAGAGGACGUUCCAAACACAGUGGUGAAAUCAAGUUCAAAGCAUAAUGUUCAUUCUUAAGACCGUAGUAAAAAAUUGUUGGUUUUCUGUAACCUGCCCUUACCCAGGAUUUUCACAACUACGCAAAUAUUUUCUCAUGCACUCCCAGUAUACUGUAUAUAUUUCAUAUAUUUUAUUACAAUCAAAUAAACACGAAACAGAAAACUCAACCAGCAAACUGUUUAUUUUGUACUGAUAAUAUAAAACAUCCCCUGUCUACCUACCCAACUUUAGAAAGUUGGGAUACAGGAAUCCAACAGUUUUUUAAGGGUGGCCCAGUAAAUCAUGGGACAGAUGACUAUAUGCAGAACGGCUGGGGUGAAUGUGUUGCCCAUUUGAACCCACUCAGAGCCCUUGCCUGCUCACUAAAUAUAUUGGGUGUCCCUGAAUACUAGAUAAAAAUCUUCAGAUACAUGCAAAAUAUAUUACUUUUAUAAUCGAGGAUCACCUAUCCAAAGGCAAGAAUUCCAAAAGCAAAAAAUGACAUUCAAAGGAGUAGUUAAAAAAAAUGACACUAAAUCCGGCUUUUAAGCAGAUUUAAUUGGUUUAAUUGGUUCAAUUUAGAACAGGAGUAGAAGAGCCAACUUUGGCCACCUCUGGUAUGGUACACUGAGGAAGGCACUAGCCCAAGGCUUCCCAAACCCGUCCUCGGGACCCCAGUGUCUUCUGGUUUUCACUCCAACUGAGCUCUCAAUUACUUAACUGAACCCUUAGUUGAACUAAUAAUUCACUUAAUUCGACCUUUUGAAUUGUUUUCAGCUCUUAAACAGUUGGAGGUUUCAAGUUAACUAUUAGGACCAGGUUUGGGAAGCCCUGCACUAGCCAAAGCGUUUGUCAAUCAGUCUGAGUGCUUCAGUAUUUUUCUCUAUGGUGAUCUCUAACUGGGUUUCAGCUAAACACCUGUUUUCAAUUUACAGUGUACUCUUAUUGGACAGCUUGGAUGUAGGCUUUACAUUUCAUACUGGAGUGAAUCAGGUCUCUAGGGGCAGUGGUGUUGUUAUGUGGUUUUGAACGAGCAAGGAAUGUAUUUUCAAGAUUCAGAAACUGAACUGAAAUGCUGUGAAUGUAAAUAAAUAAAACACUAUUACAAUGUGUAGGAAGGCCAAAAGGCAACACUUCCCAUAGCAACAACUUUAAAAAUGAUGUUUUUUUUAACAGCUUUCCAAUUGCAUACAGUUCUGUAAUUUGGGCCCUUAAAUAAGUGAAUCACUGGCCCCAGAAUGGCUUAGUACCACAUAAGAUUAAGGUUUUCAAUAUUAUUAACUAACAACUCAAAAACCUAGCCCAUUAGAGAUUCUCCAUUUCACAAGAUUUCCAAAUCUGUGUCACUAAUUAAAAAUGCCAAUGGAAUCAAAUGGAAAACACACCUUACAGUUCACAAUAGACGUACUGUGCAGAAUUCAUGAUUAUGACCCUGUGUGGUAAACUUGCUUCCCUUCAAAGGACUGCAAAUUCAGAAUGCAGAACGCUAUAAAUCGGAAAUAAAGACAGAUCAGAGAAAAUUAUAAUAAAGGGGUCCCGUGACAAUGUUGCUUAUGCUAAGAGGCAAGAAUAUGGAUUUAAAGUCUUGGUUUAGCACUUAAUACACUUCUUACUGCAGUUUACACUGAUGGACAUGUGAAUGUAUCAUUCUGUUAAAUCCCUUUUAGUGGUAUGUUGAAUCUUGCCUAAUCUUGUUUCUUGUUUUACAUACUGUAUAACCUGCAACUUCCCGUGGAAAUAUUUGUGUUAUUUUAUUGCUAAUUUCCUUUUAUUACCAGUACUACUGUUUCUCAGGCCCGGUGUGAGGGUACGGGCCUCCCUCUCUGUAACUGUGAGUAUUAAAGCAACUGCAGUAUAUCAAUAACAUGACUAUACCAGGGAAUGGCCUCUAUCCUUCCCACUAACCAACACUAUGUAUUCUCUCAGUAACUGCCUGUAAAUCAGUAUCAGGAUGGGUCCUUUCCAAGUUUUUGUAUUCAAAUCGAUUGUCAUAAUAAUGGCAGUUCUGAUGUACUUUAUAUAUAUUUGAUAUGAUUAUUUUGCUAAUAAAAAUGUAUUAUUUGUGUCCAAAAGUCAGUCUGUAUCAUGAUUUUUUGUUAUUGUUAUUAUCCCUUACAGGUAAGUUUGGGGUACCAGUCUGUUACCCUAAUGAAAGCCCCAGCUGGACCUGUCCUGACACAGCAGCACACUUGUCUGGUAGUGAUGUGGUACUGCAAUGGAUUACAAACAGUGUUUAUAUCCUAGUAAUAACAUACGUUGGGGGCCGUUUAGGUCUCCCCUCGUAAUGGCUUAUCUGCAUGGUGUGCAGGGGGAGUCGUGCAGUCAGGGGAGCCCAGGGGUCUCCGAGUUUCUCCGCUGGUAAAGGCACCGCUGUUUGGUGUGCAGGGUGAGUCGUACAGUCAGGGGAGCGUGGGCUUGACUAAUGACUGUGCAUUUAUUGUAUUUAUUGUUAACAACCAGAAUACUAACACAUUAACAAAUAAUGUAAUUUUUUUGAAAAGGGACCAAAAGUCUCAGGCAUUUAUAUUCUUACCUAAAAUCACAGGCACCCCUGGGUUAGGGAGGCAAAAUCUGCAGGGACUGUUUCUCCACUCUAUGCUACAGCACCCCCCUCUGACCUGCAGCUCUGCUGAGCUGUUGUGGGGAUUGCUGGCAUGAGGGAAUCUAAUUGGACAGUCUACAUAAAGUGAUUUAACUUUCUAGCAAGAAGAGCACGUUAACGUGACAUAUAAGGUUUGAUUUGCACUGUUGAAGCGCUUUCUGAUUUAAAUGUCAUGCAUUAGCCAAAGUCCUUUUUGUUAAUGUAACUAAAAGUAACUACGGUCUUUUUUCACAUAAAAUGUAAUC